AAGGCCCUAUCAGCGCGGCGGGCGGCACAUUUGAUCUGUGCGUGGGCUUUAACGGUGCUGAGUCCCGGCAGAGAGCGGCCUGCGCCAUGGAUGCUGAGGGCUUGUCCCAUCUCCGGCUGCUGCAGGAUCUCAAGAGAAGUCGUAGCCGUUUCCAGACGCUCAUGCAGCGGCUCAUAGCGAAGUACAACCAGCCGUUUGAGGACGACCCGCUGGUGCAGAUGGCCACGCUGACCUACGAGACGCCCCAAGGCUUGAGAGUUUGGGGAGGAAAGCUGAUAAAGGAAAGAAACAGGGAACAAACUCAGGACCCUUCCAGGAAGAUGAUUGCCAGAUUACAUAGGCAGAGUCCAGAUGGCAGUGAGCAUUUACAGCCCUGCACACAAGUCCUGGGAGCCGAUUCAGAAAGCAGCAGUGCAGGUACAAGUGUAGAAGAAGAGGAUCUGGCUUGCACCUUGACGCCUACAGUGACUGGAAGCCCUUGGAAAAAUGAUUUAAGAAGGAAGUACUUGGGCCAAGUAGAUAUCCUGCUUCAAGAUGCAGAGUACUUUAAGAACGCAGAGAAGAGAGACACAAAAGACACACUCAUGACUUGGGUGCCUUCCUCACCUGUCACACCAGCCCCCAGAUGCCAGGAUAGUACCUCUGCAGAGAGCUUUGGCAUCCCUGAAGUGUCAGCUUCGUCCUCCAGAGACUCGGCUCCCUCAUACCCUUGCCCAGCUGACAUGGCCAUUAUACCUAGAAAUGACAGCUCUUUACUAGGGACCAGCAGCAACGGCUUAAGCACCCAGUCCCUUGAGGAUGACAUUUGCAAUGUGACAGUCAGCGAUUUAUAUGAAGGCAUGAUGCAUUCAAUGAGUAGGCUGCUGAGCUUAAAGCCAUCAUGCAUAAUCUCCACCAAGACCUACAUCAGCUGUAACUGGAACCUCAAGAGGAGGCUCCCACGUAAGAGUGGGGUGCACAUGAAUAGGACAUUCUGUCACAGGAGCAAGCCCUUCCGGAGGAGCUCCAAGAAGGGGCCCUGCUCAGAGCCAGGGAAAGAGACCAGAAUAUUAAGAGACUGCAAGAAUGUAUUGCACAUUGCUCCCCACAAGACAAACUUAAAACUGGAAAGGGAUUCUCUUGAAGGAAGCAAACUCCAAGUCCAUAAAUUCAGUCCAGCUUGGAAGGAGCUUCAGGUGACACCUCAGAAGUAUUUAGACUUAAACAAGAUGUACUAUCUUGAACGAGAAAACAGAGUGAAGGCAUUGCAUUGGCUAAUUUCACCUGUUAAAGUACUUCCCAGGCCAAGGAUGCCUCCGAGUCAAGCAGAGAAGUGCUAUAGGGAAAUUGGAGUGAAGUUUGACAAACUUCAUCAGGAAUGUUGCCUGUCUCCUGGGAAACAACUUCGCCUGGCUGGCCCCACAGAGUCCUGGGCUGUAGGUGUGUACAGAGGUGGUUCUAGAAGCCCAGGCAGUCCUCAGGGCAUAAAAACCCACAGGCUGAGUUUACCUUUCAACAGAGGAAAGGCAAAGAGAUCAAGUGAGGCUUUUGAAGACCUGAGUGAAAUGUCUGUCAAAGCCAGUAGAUGUCUCCCAAGGAGUGAUCCCACUCCAUCACUGUCAGAAGACAGCGCCUCACAAAGCCCAGGCCAAUCUCAACAGAUGUCUAGCCUUUUUCUUCAAGGACAUAAUUCUGGACCAAUCAGAAAGGCAGUAUCACCCAGUAUAGCAAUUUCAGCACCAUGGAUAGGCCCUCGGGGUUGUGGGAGGAAUCGCUAUGAUGAGAUUAAAAAAGAAUUCGACAGGCUUUAUCAGAAGUAUUGCCUGAUGUCACCUCAGCGGGUGAAGGUGACCUCUCACGUUCCAGUACCUCCAGUGAAAGCUGUUCCUAGUCAGACAGAAGACUUGAGAAAAUUAAAUCCAGACUCUCGAUUCCAGAGUUCCCCCAAAUUGUUAACAUCUCCUGGCUGGAACAUAAGCCCACAGGACUCAAUUCCAGUUGAGGCACACAUGUCUGCAUGGACUACUAGCACUAUUGUGAGAGACCCUCAGUUCCCAACAAAGAGGCGCAAGUUGUCAUACCCUGCCAUGUGUGCACACCAGGCUGAGUCUCAGGAUUCCUCAGAAACCCAAAGCCAUGCUCUGGGCAGAAAAGCAGGCCGACCCCAAGUGUCCUGACUGCGUUUCUCUCUGGUGGGUUUAUGUGCAUCAAAUAGCUGCUGAGGGACAAGACACUAUGGCAGACACUUCUGUUUCUCUUGUUGGAGAGGGGACUCAGGGUGUCACACUUGCUAAGCAGUCUACCACUGCAGCCCCCUGUAGCCACCCAGUCUCUGUCCUGCCACCCGCCCCGCCCUGCAUCACACCAUCACCUCUGUCCUUUCAUGUGGAAUGUUAGUCAUGCCUUGGGCUUCCCUGGCUACCCAGCCAAGCUCAGCCAUUAUUGCUUCUCCAGAUCAUAUUCAGGAUUCUUAAUGGUAUUCUUAGUCUUAAUUUUAGUUAUUUGCCUUGUCUCUACUCCCCUCUCCCCCACAUCUUCACCGUCCGUCCAUACUUCUGCCUCGGCACCCACCCCUGCUUCAAGAGGACAUAGUGUAAACAUGGGUAAGUCCAUGGAUUAGGCCUUAACACAAAACCCUUGGCUUGAUCUUUGGAGCUCUGGAUUUUUUUCUUUUUGGAGGAAUUUUUGUUUCAUUUGGUUUUUGAGACAGGUUCUUACAUAGUAAGGACUGACCUUGGCCUCACUGUAUAUUCCUGAUGGCCUUGAGUUCCUGAUCCUCCUGCCUCUGCUUCCCAAAU